GGAAGAAGGCAGAUGGCGAAGUCGACCCGUAAUUGAAAGGGAGGAAGAGAAGGAAGUAGAGGGGGGAGAAGAGAGAAGUGCUAGAGAAGAGAACGCGGGUGAAAACGGCGUGUGCAAACGCGGGGUGAAAAGAGCGGUAGGAAGGGGUUGCAAUCGUCUAUUUUUCGAUCGGUGAGCUUAUCUGAAGCUCUCGAGCUGUGGAUCGAUUCGAUGUCAUGAUGACUCGUGACUUGUGAUCGUGAUUUUCCCCGAUUAGUCUGUCGAUUUAUUUAUUAAUUAGUUAGUGGGUCUGGGCUGUUUUGAUUGAAGCAUUUUUAGUAUUUAUUGGCAAAUUGAAGAUUUGAAGAUGUCAAUUGGCGAGUGCCCACCCGCCCAGUCGAAAGGUGAACAGGCGGCAACCGGCGCGAAUCUGCUUUUGGGAGGGUAAGAGGUUCUCUCUGCUUGCCUGUGUAUAGUGGCGUGUGAAUACGUCGAUGUUUCGCUGACCUAUGUGUGAUUCCCGCGUGUACCAUCGUGUCAUUUCUAACGUUGUUUUUGAUGACGAUGGGUAGACUGAUUGAUUGGUCCCGAUCGAACAAUCAAUAGAUUGGUCCCGAUCGAUCAAUCAAUAGAUUGGUCCCGAUUGAUCUAUCAAUAGGGUUGAUUGGUCCCGAUUGAUCAAUCAAUAGAUUGGGGUCCCGAUUGAUCAAUCAUUAGAUUGGGGUCCCGAUUGAUCAAUCAAUCAAUCAAUCAAUCAAUCAAUCAAUCAAUCAAUCAAUGGGUUAACGCCGGUUGAUCGACGGGGGUAUAGUAAUUAUGAUCGAUCGACGAGAGUUGCACACACACGAGCGAUGGUGCUCAUGACUCCUGUGUUAUUUCCAUUUUCGACGAUGAACGACGAUGAACGAGAUGGAGGUGGAUGGAUCAAUCCAUAUGAGCGGAUUGAAAACUUGGCGCGAAAAGUUUACUCACAGUUCGACGAAUCCCGUGUGCGCACCGGAUGAUGUUUGAAUUGUGCGUAAUUGAGAUCCCGACCCUAUUGAUUGAUCAAUCGGGACCCAACCGUAUUGAUUGAUCCAUCCGAUGCGCACCCGGUAUGUACAGUCGGCGGGUCACUAUGGUGGCAAUUGGAAGGCCGGCUGCGUAAUGGAUGGGUGCGCGGUGCGUGAGAUCAGCAGAUCGAAUCCCAGUGAGCAAUUGACACGGUGUUUGUUAACUUUGUGACAAUAUAUAGUCGAAUGUGUCUGCCGCUCAACGACGAUCAGGUGGCUCAUUGCUGUACACAUCGGUCGUUUCGGCUUGAAGGAUGGGAAGAUCGGCAGCAGCACGAUAUACUAACGCCGGUGAGAAAUUGCGAUGAUAUAGAUUGAAUUGUUGAUUGGUGAUUGGUGAUUGGUGAUCGGGCGCCUGACGACGAUGAAAAUCCUGGUCGUUGCCGGAUGUGAAUCGGUCGGCCGCAGACGAAUGAUCUUUUUGCCGGCUGGGCUUUGUGUCUUGGUCAUGGCCACAGCGAAACUCUCGGUCGUCGAUGUAAACACUGCUAUUGCUGCCGACGACCAGCGGAUGUGGACCGGUCGGCCGCCGACGACUCGCAUGUAUUUGCCGACCGGUCUUUGUCUUGGUCAUGGCCACAGCGAAUUGAAUCAUUCAGCGGCAGGUUGUUGUUCGUCGGUCGCCUGAGGACGAUGACCAAUCCUGGUCGUCGCACGGCCAGAGCGAUACUCGCCGUCGAUGUAAACAAUAGCGAAUCAUUCAUUGCUGCCGCCGACCGGCGGACUCGGACCGGUCGGCCGCCGACGACUCGUCUUUUUGCCGACUGGUCUUUGUCUUCGUCGUGGCCACAGCGAAUUGAAUCAUUCAGCAGCAGGUUGUUUGUCGGUCGCCUGAGGACGAUGACGAAUCCUGGUCGUGGGGAGUUCGACCGGGCGGCCUCCGGCGACCCGCCUUUGCCGACCGGUCUUUGUCUGGAUCACACGGCCAGAGCGAUACUCUCCGUCGAUGUAAACAUUGCGAAUCAUUCACCAGCAGGUUGUUCGUCCAGGGAUUCCUCCGUCGGAGAAAGCAUUCCGAUUCUUCUGCAGCACAUUAUACGAAUGCGGUCGUUGGCAGAGAUCGACCGGUCGCCUGACGAUGAUAGAGUUCGGUCGCCUGACGACUUUGACAAAUCGUGGUCGUUGGCAGAGUUCGACCGGUCGGAGGCCCACGACUGGUCUUGUCAACGGGUCUUUGGCUUGGUCAUGGGCCCCGACCGGUCGAAGGAUACGUCCCUAGAUUAAACCCACCCUUGUGUGAAUCAUUCAGCCGGCAAUGGUGAGUGGGAGUUUGACGAUAUAGUCUGUCACACAGAGCCCCAUUUACUAGUCUAUUCUGUCCGUUCAUCCCACGCUUUUUCUCUGCGACACUGUAUAUACAGCGUAUCUAGGCGAAAUGGUAGAUUGAUUGGUCGUCGCUCGGGACGGCGAUGGAUCCAUGUCAUACGCAGACAGGUCGAUCUGUCGAUGCAAAGAUUGCCGUUUUGUUUGCCAGAGCAGCAGUUUGAAUCCCAAGAGCAGCAGCCGGUUGGCGUGCGCGAAACAAAGGGGUUCGCUGCUUUCUCGAUUAAUCGCCCUGUCUGGAAGGGAGAGUCGGACAACAGUGCUCCUCUCUCUUUGUUCAUUGACCUGUGAUGCCCCAUUUCAUGUGCGCCUGCGAUGAGAGAGAGAGAGAGAGAGAGAGAAGGGGAGAGUGAUGAAUGUUCUGUCGAUAGUGGUGGCUCCGGUUUGCGCUCGUUUGUGACCAGAAGGCCGUCUCGACAGCUCUUAGCCAAGUGACAAAUGUGACGUGUACCACCUUCAUUCGUCAAGCGUAAGCCUCUCUCUCUCUCUCUCUCUCUCUCUCUCUCUGUGUGUGUGUGUGUGUGUGUGUGUGUGUGUGUGAAGUCUUCUUCGGCGUUUCUGACUUGUGUUUGAGGUCGUUAAGGGCACACAUGACAACCGGAUUCUGUCGAACAUGUAUUCAGGAGCAGAGGGAAGGCAGCUGGUUUGCUUGUUGAUUGUGUGACACGCGUCGGCGUCGGCGGGCUGUUUGAUAUUGUUCGAUCCACUUCCAUUGGAAACUAAUUAACGUGGAAGAGCGUUGGCUGCAAGGCCGUGGAAUGCAGAUCAUUGUUUUCGAUGUAUCUGGACGAAGAUUGACUCACGGAACAUCCCGAACGAAUAACCGGACGAAACUCGAGGCGGGUACCCUCACCUGGACAACUCGAGGAGGAGAAGGAAAAGGUAUCCUACACUUCGAGAAAUUUCCUGUUUUGCAGAAAAGAGCCGCUUUUCUCCAAGCGACAGGUCACUUCCACUUCUCUCUUUCUAAUUCAUUCUCCUUUUGGACAUGGAUAUUGUCACGUGCUGACCACCUCGUCAUCUCCUGCAUUCGUGCCCGCGGACGCCCUGUUUCACGGCCAGGAGAGAGAGAGAGAGAGAGAGAGAGAGAUGGUGAGAAGAGGGAGAGAGAGAUGGUGAGAAGAGGGAUUUGGGUGUUCACAUCGCUGUUGCAAGCAUCUGAUGUGUGUGUGUGUUUGUGUGUGUGUGUGUGUGUGUGUGUGUGUGAGAGAGAGAGAGAGAGAGAGAGAGAGAGAGAGAGAGAGGAUUGUAUUAUUGACUCCGUUAACUUUGUGGUUUGUGGGGGUAGUCAGUGACCUUGGUGUAAUGAUGACGAAGAUCGUCAUGCUAACAUCUCCCGAGUUGGUCUCUGUGAGUUUCAGUGGUUUUGGGAAGACCGUCCAUCGGCGAAUCUAACGCCAACUGAUGAUGAAAUGACGGUAAAUUAAUGAUGACUUUGACUUUGAUAGGGAUAUUAAGUCUGUCUGAAGAUAAUGAUGUCCAUAGGUAUAGAGAGGAGAUUCGCCAAUGAUGAUGAAAUGACGGUAUAGUGUAGGUGAAGUGGCCUGUGUCGUUGUGCAGUGGUAGCCAUGGGGACUGAGAGGAGGCAGCUUUUCUUCCCCUCCCGUGGGGAUUACAAGGAGGCAGCUUUUCUUGCCCUCCGGCAGCUUAGAGAAGGCGAAUGGGUGUUGGGUAGAGGAAGGUUGAGAUUGGGGGGAAGAUAGGAAAUGGGUGGAAGAGGGGUUUCAGUGAAAGGUGGACUGGCUGGUCUUCUGUGUUUCGGUUGUCGGUCGUUGGUGAACGACCGUACGACCGAUGCUGGUGCUUGCAGC